AUGGGGUCCGGCGGCCGCCGCGGCGCCUCGGGGGCCAGGGCGCUGCCGCUGCUGCUCCUGCUGCUGCCCGCGCCGGCCGGGCCCGCCGCGCUGCCCCUGCCCGGUGAGUGCCCCCGCUCCCUUAGCCUGCCCGAUGUGGACGAGUGUGCCCUGGGGCUGGAUGACUGCCACCCAGAUGCCAUUUGCCAGAACACCCCGAAGCUGUACAAGUGCAUGUGCAAAAUGGGUUACACCGGCGAAGGGAGGAAAUGUGAAGACAUUGAUGAAUGUGACAACGACUUCAAUGGGGGCUGUGUCCACGAGUGUUUCAACAUUCCAGGGAAUUACCGCUGCACUUGCUACGACGGCUUCAUGCUGGCUCACGAUGGCCACAACUGCCUGGACACAGACGAGUGCAUGUUCAACAACGGCGGCUGCCAGCAGGUCUGUGUGAACACGGUGGGGAGCUACGAGUGCCGCUGCAAGGAGGGGUUCUUCCUCAGCGACAACCAGCACACCUGCAUCCACCGCUCCGAAGAAGGCAUGAGCUGCAUGAACAAAGACCAUGGCUGUGCCCACAUCUGCAGAGAAACACCCAAAGGAGGAGUUGCCUGUGAAUGCCGACCGGGAUUUGAGCUGUCCAAGAACCAGAGGAGCUGCAUUUUGACAUGCAACCACGGGAACGGGGGCUGCCAGCACACGUGUGACGAUGCUGAGCACGGGCCUGUCUGUGGAUGUCACCCCAAGUACGUCAUGCACCUGGAUGGCAAAACCUGCCUGGAGAGGGAAGAAGCUGCUCUUGAAGUUUCUGAGGGAAACACCACAGCAGCAGCUGAUGUGGACAAGAGAGUGAAGCGACGAUUGCUUAUGGAGACGUGCGCGGUGAACAACGGCGGCUGCGACCGCACCUGCAAGGACACCUCCACCGGCGUGCACUGCAGCUGCCCCGUGGGCUUCACCCUCCAGUUCGAUGGCAAGACGUGCAAAGAUAUUGAUGAAUGCCAGUCCAAUAAUGGAGGCUGUGAUCAUUUCUGUAAAAACACUGUUGGCAGUUUUGAUUGCAGCUGCAGAAAAGGAUUUAAAUUAUUAACAGAUGAGAAGUCCUGUCAAGACAUCGACGAGUGCUCCUUCGAGCGCGCGUGCGACCACACGUGCACCAACCAGCCCGGCGCCUUCCAGUGCUCCUGCAACAAGGGAUAUGCCCUCUAUGGCUUCACCCACUGUGGAGAUAUUAAUGAAUGUAGCAUCAACAAUGGUGGCUGCCAGCAGCUGUGUGUGAACACACUGGGAGAUUAUGAAUGCCUGUGCCAGCCUAACUACAAGCUGCACUGGAAUAAAAAGGACUGUGUUGAGACAAAAGAUCCCUUGUCUGAUAGUGUGUCACCCAAGGUGCUGCUGCACUGCAUCAAGAGUGGUGGGAGUGACAGAUGCUUUUUGAGCUGCUCUCCAGAUGUGCAGGUGUUCUCUGGAACACAAGAUGCCUACACCCUCACCUGUGGCAGGUCCUCUCAGCUUAAGAAAAAGCAGCAAAGUGCAAAUGCUUCCAGCUGGCUGGAUGCUUCAGCCAUCAAGAUAAGCGUAACCUUUAAAUUAAAUGAAGGAAAAUGUAGUUUGAAAAAGACUGAGAUGUUUCAAGAAGGUCUGGAGCAGAUGAUACCAGAGAGACAAAAUUCAGUAAUGGAGAGCUUCCACUAUGUAAACCUAACAUGCAGCUCUGGCAAGAAAGUCCCUGGAGCCCUCAGUAGACUGGCAGCGACCAGAGAGAUUUUUAUCACCGCGGACUUUGAGCUUGAGACGAGCCGGAAGGAGGUGACAGACACGUGCGACGUGCGCUGUGCCCGCAAGAAGACGGAGAAGCGGUUCCGGAAAACCAUCCGCACCCUGCGCAAGACUGUCAGCAGGGACCAGUUCCGCAUCCGCCUCUCGGGCGCCGACCACGAGGUGGCCAGGAGGGCUCCCAGGCCCUCAGAGCCGCAGCAGGCCUGUGGUGGGGGACAGCUGCACCCGGGGCUCAGAUGUGAUCAGUGCCCCCCUGGUGAAUACUCUGCUGAUGGCUUCAAGCCCUGCCUGCCCUGUCCCCUGGGUACGUUCCAGCCCGAGGCUGGCAGGGUGUCCUGCUUUCCCUGUGGAGGAGCCCUCACCACCCGGCACAGCGGGGCAGCCCUGUUCCAGGACUGUGAGACCAAAGUUCAGUGUUCUCCUGGCCAUUUUUACAACACCUCAACUCACCGAUGUAUUCGCUGUGCAAUCGGGACAUACCAGCCUGAGUUUGGACAAAAUUACUGCAUUGCCUGCCCUGGAAACACCACUACUGAUUUUGAUGGCUCUACAAACAUAACACAGUGCAAAAACAGGCAGUGUGGAGGGGAGCUGGGAGAUUACACUGGGUACAUUGAAUCACCCAACUACCCUGGGGACUACCCUGCCAACACCGAGUGCACCUGGAGCAUCAACCCGCCGCCCAAGCGCCGCAUCCUCAUCGUGGUCCCGGAAAUAUUCCUGCCCAUCGAGGACGAGUGUGGAGACUACCUGGUGAUGAGGAAAAGCUCUUCUUCCAACUCGGUGACCACGUACGAGACCUGCCAGACCUACGAGCGCCCCAUAGCCUUCACCUCCAGGUCCAAGAAGCUCUGGAUCCAGUUCAAGUCCAAUGAAGGGAACAGUGCCAAAGGAUUCCAAGUCCCUUAUGUGACCUAUGAUGAGGAUUACCAGGAGCUCAUAGAGGACAUUGUUCGGGAUGGCAGACUUUAUGCAUCUGAAAAUCACCAGGAAAUACUUAAGGACAAGAAGCUGAUAAAAGCCCUGUUUGACGUGCUGGCACACCCACAGAACUACUUCAAGUACACAGCCCAGGAGUCCAGAGAGAUGUUCCCGAGAUCCUUCAUUCGGCUGCUGCGCUCCAAAGUCUCCAGAUUUCUGAGGCCUUACAAAUAG